AUGUCUGGUGCGAUCUUCAAUUUGGUCGCCAAGAAGGCGCUGAAAGACGCAGCCUCGAAGAACAUCAACUCAAAGGAUCCCUAUCACGAGGAGGUCAAGGUCUACGAUAAGCACGGCCGCGACACCGGAAGGGUCAAGAAACAGAAGAAAGGCGUCCCACCUGGCAUUUCCGCACACGAUGGCGAGAUUCUCAAGAGUGUUCGUCGGAAGGCAUGGCGCCUAGACAUGUCGCUAUUCAAUUGCUGCGGCAUCCGCUUCGGCUGGAGCAGCGUGAUUGGUAUCAUUCCCGCAAUCGGUGAUGUGAUAGACGCUCUCCUGGCAGUCAUGGUCAUGCGGCACGCUAGCAAAAUCGAUGGGGGCCUUCCCGCAGCACUCAAGUCGCGGAUGAUGCUGAACAUCAUGCUGGACUUUGCCGUGGGAUUGAUUCCGUUCUUGGGAGAUCUCGCUGACGCCGUCUUCCGAGCCAACACCCGCAACGCCUGGUUACUGGAAGAAUACCUGAUUAAGAAGGGCGAGGAGGAACGGAAACUAGCAGCUGGAAACCCGAACAAUCUCAUCAAACCGGGGGCAACUCAGCCACAGGCUCCUCCAACCGCGGCUUCCAAAUCUCGACUCGGACUGUUCGGCGGCAGCAAAAACCGGCAAGGCGACGAGGAGAUGGCUAUGAGCGGUAUCCGGCCGGACAACGGCCGCGCGAAGCCGUCGAGCAGCGGGCGAAAGUGA